AACUCCUUCUAUUUGUUUAUCAGCGAACUGCGGUAAAACACACUGUACGCUCUUCUGAAAUUUAACAACAUCAUUAUUCUCAGUCAGGUCGGAAUUCUAGGACCUCGGAUUGGUCCACAGGGACGAAUCUUUGUCAUUCCUUCUUUCCACCUCUGCUUAUAGAGGACUGGGCGGUUCCGGGGAUUUACCUACUCUCCAACACAUUUCACCUUCAUUUUCGCGUUUUUUUUGUUUGCCUUUUGGUUUCUAAAACUUUUGUGUACUUGUUGGGACGGUCGGUUUAGCAAACUUGGAUUACUUCUAAUCCUCAGUCGAUUUGCUUUCGUUUCGUUUUCUUUUCUUUGCUUAUUGAAUGCAGGUUAAUUGUUGACACAUUCGUGAUCCAUUAGUUUUUCAUCACUGAUAAAACUUUCUGUUUUUUGUAUAUCUGUCAUCUUGUUUGAGGACACUAUCCCUUUUUUUUUUUUUUUCCUUCCCAAUUGAUCUGUCGCAAACCAUGCCUAUUAGUACGUCCUUUCCCAUUGGUACUCGUAAGUCCAAACUCGCUGUCAUUCAGUCUGAAAUUGUUCAUAAGCAGUUGAAGGAAAACUACCCCGAAUAUGAUUUCCCCAUCAUAAGCCGCGACACUAUCGGUGAUGAAAUCCUUUCCAAAGCUUUGUUUGAAUUUAAACAUCAGGUUGCAAAGUCUUUAUGGACUCGGGAGCUUGAAGCUUUACUCAUCGUCAAUCAAUGUCGCAUGCUUGUUCACUCUCUUAAGGAUUUACCUGUUGAAAUGCCUGAGGGUAUGACCAUCGCUUGUAUUCCACGUCGCAACUGUCCCCUAGAUGCCAUUGUCUUUCCAAAAGGAUCUCCCUACAAGUCCGUUGCUAACCUUCCUUCUGGAAGCGUUGUCGGAACUAGCAGUAUUCGCCGACGUGCUCUUUUGGCGCGCCAUUUCCCCCACCUUCGUUUCGUAGAUAUUCGAGGAAAUGUUGGGACUCGUUUGUCCAAACUUGAUGACCCAGAUUCUCCUUUCUCUUGUCUUGUGUUGGCCGCCGCGGGACUUUUCCGUCUCGGGUUAAAAGAUCGUGUCUCCCAAAUGCUAACAGCUCCUUUCAACUAUUAUGCAGUUGGUCAAGGUGCUCUCGCUAUUGAGGUUCGUAAAGAUGAUAAAGAAAUGAUCGAGCUUUUGAAACCUCUUCAAGAUACAGAAACCACCUAUUGCUGUGUUGCGGAGCGCGCUUUAAUGAAGCGCUUGGAUGGCGGCUGUGCUAUCCCAAUCGGCGUCCAGUCUGACUCUUUGGCAGUUUCCAGCUCCUCUUUUCAAGUCUCUUUAGAUGGUAUUGUUGUCUCCGCUGAUGGCCGCCGGUCUGCCUUUGCCUCAGGUAAUCGCGUCAUUAAUUCCGUUGAAGAUGCUGAGGACUUGGGUACCCAGGUCGCAUUAUCUUUGCUUAAGAAUGGGGCUGGACCAAUCUUGGCGGAACACCAUCGCAGUAGCGAUAGUGAAGAUUCUUUGAAGCAACAAUAGAGCAUUAUUAUUUAUAAUGGACUCUUCCAAUCCUUGUAUUAUACUCAUCUCCUUUUUGAUUAAUCGUGAACAAAAAAAACUCGUUUUGUUGAUCCCUAUCGAAAAAAGUCGAUGUUUAUUCUUAUUAAUAUCUACUUAAUUUACACUCUAAUCUUAGUUUUUGAUGAGCAUCGAUUUCUUAAAUUCAACGUCGACCUUAGUUACUUUCUUUCCAUUAUCCUUAAGAAUUUUCGUCCCUUGGUUAUUUUAUGCUUGUUCCGAAGAAGUUAUACGUUAAAUAUCCAAUCUAAAAAUAUAUACUGCAACGAAUUGAAAAUAAAUACUUUUUUGUCCAAGUAUUUCAUUCAUUAACCAAAAUAAACUCUUAUAACUUU